UUGGCCGUGCAGGCAGGUGGAUGCACGCCCUUGUGGCUGGGAGCACAGAGGUCCGUGACGGACACUUUGCUCAAGCUGGACAGGGCCGUGUUCGACAUGAUGCCUCACCUGCUCGUGGUGACUAUCGUCCUCCCGCUCCUGAGCACCGUCGAGGUGGUGGCGAGCGGCAUGCGCGCCGAGCUCUUCUCGGUGGGCACGGCGCCGCUCGUCUUCACGCUCUUCAUGCCGCUGUGCCUGACCGGCGACACGCUCAUGGCGGCGCGGCGCGGCGUGUCCUGGCGCGCCUACAGCGGGCCGUGGCUGGAGGAGCGGCCCCGGCAGCGCCUGCUCCGCCUGGGCCUCAUGCAGGCCACCAUGGGGCGCGGCGCCAUGGUGCGCGGACGCGGCAUCGGCAACCUGGACCGCAGGGCGUGCUACAGGGCGCUCAAGUCGUGGUUCAGCUUCCUGCAAGUGCUCAUCAACCUGCUAGGAUGA